AUGAGUCGCUGGAUUCAAAACGGAGACAAUGUGGACAUCACAAAAGAGCGAAAAAAUGCAACAUUCAACACUGAAAGAAUGUCAGCCUGGAUUCACGGCGGAGACGAAGUUCUGAAAAGACGUCGUGAAAUUUUGGACUAUGUAAAAUCAAAUCCCGAUUUCAAAGAUCCAAUUCCAGUCGAAUUUUUGUCGCGUGAAGAGAGGGUUUCAAAUGGAACUCGGAAGAUUGUCAAAAUGACUGAUAAUACUGAUCAAAUUGAUGGAGCUGACUUUUUUGGAGAAGGAAUGUAUUUUCAAUCGUGAGUUUGGAAAUUUGUUUUAGAGGAGUACUGUAGCUAAAAAAUAAGCUUUCAAAUUCAAGAAAUUCCAAAAAUCCACAUUUUUCUAGCUUGGUAAUGGGUCGUGACCUUCACCCACUCUCACUUCAUUACAUCAUGUUUUUGCCAACUCUUCAAGGUCAAACCGAUGACGAACAAUUGGAUGAAUGGCUCCCAAAAGCAAUCGCAAGAUCAAUCGUCGGAACUUAUGCUCAAACUGAAUUGGGACAUGGAACUAAUUUAUCGAAACUUGAAACUACAGCUACUUAUGAUCCAAGUACUCAAGAAUUUGUUUUACAUUCUCCAACUAUCACUGCUGCUAAGUGAGUUACAAAUUUUAUCAAUCAAAAUUUUUCCUAGUCUAGUCUAGUAUAGUGUAUGUAUGAUAACAGAAAAAGGGCAAUUUUGAAAUGAUAAACAGAAAAUUCUGAAUUACAAAAAAUCAAAGGACUUUUUCAAAGUUCAAUUUUGACCACGAGUUCAUCUAACCUAUUUUUUGCAGAUGGUGGCCAGGAGGUCUUGGAAAAUCGUCAAACCACGCCAUUGUCGUUGCUCAACUCUACACAAAAGGCCAAUGUAAAGGACCACAUCCGUUUAUCGUGCAAUUGAGAGAUUUGGAAACUCAUAAACCAAUGAAAGGAGUUCGAUUAGGUGAUAUUGGACCAAAGCUUGGAAUUAAUGGAAGUGAUAAUGGAUUUUUGCUUUUUGAUAAAUAUCGAAUUCCGAGAAAAGCUAUGUUGAUGAGAUAUUCGAAGGUGAGCAUUCUGAAGUUUUCUGAAGCCCCAUGAAGCCUUUGAAAUAUUCCAGGUUCAACCAGAUGGCACAUACAUCGCCCCAGCUCAUUCAAAACUCGGCUACGGUACAAUGGUCUUCGUCCGAAGUAUCAUGAUCAAAGAUCAAGCAACUCAACUCGGCGCUGCUGCCACAAUUGCAACAAGAUAUUCCGCAGUUCGUCGACAAGGUGAACCAGUUGUGGGAAAUGGCGAAAUUCAAAUUCUUGAUUAUCAAACUCAACAAUAUCGUGUUUUCCCCCAACUUGCCAGAGCUUUCGCUUUCCUUUUCGCCGCCUAUGAAAUUCGUGAUUUAUAUCUUCGCCUAACUGAAGAACUUACCCAUGGAAACACUGAACUUCUCCCUGAAAUCCAUGCAUUGUCUUCUGGUUUGAAAAGUGUAGUCUCAUGGGAUACAGCUCAAGGAAUUGAGCAAUGUCGAUUGUCAUGCGGAGGACAUGGAUAUUCACAAGCUUCAGCUUUUCCUGAAAUCUAUGGAUAUGCUGUUGGAGGUUGCACAUAUGAAGGAGAAAAUUUGGUAAUGUUAUUGCAAGUUGCACGAUAUCUUGUAAAAGCGGCUGAAGAAACACGAAAAGGAACUUCAAAUUUGGCGGAAAUUUGUGGAUAUAUUUCGAAAACUGGGCGAAGAACUAGCUCACUAACUUCUAUUGCAAAUUAUACAACUGAUCAGAUUAUUGAAGAUUUGGAGCAUGUUGCGAGAAAACAAGUGUUCCAUGCUUAUGACAAGUUGAAGAAAGCGCAACAACAUGUAAAGCCGGAAGAUGCAUGGAAUCAAUCUUCUGUUGAACUUGCCAAAGCUUCAAGAGUGGGUUUUUUUUUUUGAAAAAUUUGGAUUCUCAGGAAUUGUGCCAAAAUCUAGUGAAUUUUGAAAUUUUUUCCAGUGGCACGUUCGCCUGUACCUCGUCAAAACGUUCCUCAAAAAAGUCGACAAAGCUCCAGAAGAUUUGAAAAAAGUGAUGAUCCACGUGGCUCGCCUCUACGCAUUCGACAUAAUUUCCUCAUCAAGCGGAAAUUUCUUGGAAGAAGGAUAUAUGAGACCAGAUCAAAUAACUGAAAUUAAAGAAGGUGUCUAUGAAUGUUUGGCUAAAAUUCGUCCAGUUGCUGUAAGUCUUGUUGAUAGUUGGGAUUAUGAUGAUUUGGAAUUGAAAUCGGUUCUUGGAAAACGUGAUGGAAAUGUUUAUGAAGCGCUGCUCCAAUGGGCUCAAAAUUCUCAAUUGAAUAAAUCUGAUGUUAUUCCGACUUUUGAGAAAUACCUUGGUCCAAUGAUGAAAGAUGCCAGAUCGAAAUUAUAA